AGGCUUUAUUUAGUUACUUUAGGGGGGGCUGCGGCGGUAAUAGGGUUUUGUUGUAGCAGCCGAUAGGAGGAAGACUGUUUCUGGGAAUAGCUGAGCUGCGAAGAUGCCGGAGAAAUCAGGGAAAGGAAGAAAGGAAGAGGUUAUCACCAGAGAAUACACCAUCAACCUUCACAAACGCUUGCAUGGAUGCACCUUCAAGAAGAAGGCUCCAAAGGCCAUCAAGGAGAUAAGGAAGUUUGCACAGAAGGCCAUGAAGACAACUGAUGUCAGAGUUGAUGUUAAGCUAAACAAGCAUGUGUGGAGCCGAGGUAUUAGGAGUGUGCCAAGGAGAGUUCGUGUUCGUGUUGCACGGAAGAGGAAUGAUGAAGAAGAUGCCAAGGAAGAAUUUUAUUCCCUUGUCACUGUUUCAGAGCUUCCUCCAGAGGGAUUUAAGGGUUUGGGCACCAAGGUCAUUGAUGACGAAGAAGAAUGAAGUAACCUGCUUCCUUAGUGUUCUAUGUUAAGUUGCAGUUUUGGCUAUAUUGUUGAUUCAUCCAGUGAAUUUCAUUUUGUUUUGGAUUCUCUUGGAGACAUCUUUAGCAAAGAAAGUAUCGUUGACGUUUUAUUUAUGCAUUCAGAGUUUUGGUUGAUGUUUAAUUGAGUAUUAAGUUUCUUAA